CUUCAUUUGAGGAUCAAGAAUCUCUCGUUGCCGGUAUCAAAAUUGAACAGGAAAAUGAUUUGCAGUAUUUGAAUUGGGUGCUGGUCGAAACCCUAGCCUUGAAUUCUUGUUAAGAUGAAUAGACAUUGUGUUUCAGCUUCAGCAGGGUUCACCCGCAGGCAUUUCAAUUAUUUUCACCACCGAGGCAAUAAUUUCCCGUAUUAUCGUUGUAGCGUCAACCCACUGGUUGCAAUGGUAUAUUUCUUUAGUUCUCAAACUCUUAACUCUCAUGAUACGGUUGCUUGUCCCCCUUCGAUGAAUCUUGAGUUGUAUUUGCAAAAUCGCCUAUCUGGGUUUAAGUAUGUUAGCAAGCUCGAUGAAGCCCUUGCUUUGUAUGAUCAAAUGGUUCGAAUGCAACCCCGACCUUCUAUAAUUGAAUUCACUCAGCUGUUGAAUGCGGUGGUGAAGAUGAAAUGCUACUUGUAUGUUGUGUCUUUAUUCAACAAUAUGCGUGUAUUAGACAUUCAAACCGAUGAGUAUACACUGAACGUUGUCAUAAAUUCUCUUUGUCGUUUGCGCCGAGUUGAUUUGAGUUUUGCAGUCCUCGGAAGCUUCUUCAAGAGUGGCCAUGUGCCCAACGUUACUGUCUUCAGCACCAUACUAAAAGGGCUGUUCCUUGAAGAUAAGAUUCGGGAGGCUUGUAAACUGUUUCAGAAGUUGUUUGUAGAGAAGAUAUGUGAGCCAGAUGAAUUUCUGUUAUCAGUAGUAAUUGACGGCCUUUGCAAAGCAGGAUUCACUGGCAUGGCUGUUAACUUACUUCGUCUGUUUGAGGAGAAAGGAAAUUGUAAGCCUGCUGUUGUAGCGUAUAGCACUAUUAUUGACAGUUUUUGCAAAGACAAAAUGGUGAAUGAUGCCCUUGUGCUAUUUGCUGAAAUGAUUAAAAAGGGCAUUGCUCCCAAUGUCGUGACCUAUAAUUCACUGAUUCGUGGACUUUUCAGUUUUGGUCGAUGGAAAGAGGCUGUAGGGAUGCUGAAACAGAUGGGGGACUUUAGGAUUUGUCUAGAUGUGCAUACAUACAGCAUUUUGGUUGAUGGCUUCUGCAAGGAGGGAAGGAUUGAAGAUGCAGUGAAAGUCAUAGAGGAAAUGAUUCGAGACAGGGUAGAUCCUGAUGUAGUUACAUACAAUGCAUUGAUGGAUGGAUAUUGUUUACAAGGACAAAUUAAAAAUGCAGUGGAACUCCUAAAGACCAUGAACUGUAGGGGAUGCAAACCUAAUACUCGUAGUUAUGACAUUCUGAUGAAUGGAUAUUGCAAGAUUGGGAGGAUAGACAAGGCCUUGCAAAUUUUUCAAAAUCUUCCCCAGGAAAGGUUGAAGCCCUCCGCUGUUUCCUACAACACUAUAUUGCAAGGUUUAUUCAAAGCAGGGAAAUGCGAUGCUGCCAUGAAGCUUUUCAAUGAGAUGGAAGCUAGGAAUGAAGGUCUGAGUCUUGUCAGCUACAAUAUCCUUUUGGAUGGCUUUUGUAAGAGCCAUUGCGUAGCUCAAGCACAUUCACUACUGAGUGCAAUGGAAGAUAAGGGUUUGGUUCCUAAUAUAAGGUCCUACAAUAUUGUCAUAGACGGACUGUUCAAAGAUGGAGAGCAUGAUAGUGCAAUGGACCUAUUCAAUGGCCUUCGUUCUAAAGGUUUGCAGCCGAAUGAUAUAACUUAUACUUGUGUGCUAAGUGGACUUUGCCAAGAAGGUCUGCUAGAAGAUGCAAAACAUCUCCUCAGCAAAAUGGAGAACAGUGGUUGCAUGCCCAGUAGUGUGGCAUACAAUGUUCUUGUUCGUGGAUUUGUUAAAAUGCAUGAGCAUCGUGAGGCCAUUGUACUGUUGCAGAAAAUGUUGAGAUGUUACCUCACUUUUCAGAUGUCAUCAAAACUCCUUGAAUCUUGUGAACAUGACAGCACCCAAUGGAAGAAUUUUCGAUGCAAUAGGCCUGUUCUUGUGAGCUUCUUAUUUAGGAUGUAUAUGCAGCAGCAGCAGCAUAUAAUUUGGAGCAUACCAAUUAUUACCCAGAAACUGGAAUACAAAGAUUGAAGAUGGCAGGCCGGUGUUGGGAUACGAUUUCCCAACUAUGAGUAUAUUAUUUUUAUUAUUCCAUAUUUCCAUUUCAUGGCAGGUAUGAACAAUCCACAGAUCAUUUCAUGACAGCGUGCUUAACAAUAUAAAUGAAGAUUACAAACACUGUGACACUGACAGAAUGCAUACUAGUAAAGAUAUAUACACUAGCAGGAUGGCGCGCAAUGUGCUCAGCAAAAUGCCUGGUAAGGUUCUUUGUAAGGCUGGUAUUGGGAAAAGAAAUGUAGUACACCACAAUAGUAGGAUGAGGGUUACGAGUAGAACGUGUACCUUUCCGGGUAGCAAUGGGUGUCUCAGUGGGAUCAAUGUCAGAUUGCACUUGAAGUGGUGGAACCGUAGCCGGAGAAUCGGGUGGCAUAGGUGAGUCAACAGGAACCUCAAUAGACACAUGGCGUGAAUGGCGUUGGUAGACUUGAAGGGGGCGGUCAGAAGCAGUUGGAGGAAUAGGAUCCUGAGCAAGAGGAAGUGGACCAAAAUAAGGAAGAGGGAGAACCUCUAAAAUAGAGACUGUGUCACCUGCUGAAGGUUGGAAGAAAGGAGUAGACUCAAUAAAAGUGACAUCCGCAGACACAAAACGAUACUUAAGUUCUGGAGAAUAACAUCGAUAACCCUUUUGGAGCCGGGAAUAACCCAAGAAAACACACUUGACAGCUUUAGGGGCAAAUUUCGAACGCUCAGGAGUCAUGUCAUGAACAAAACAAACACACUCAAAAACCCAAGGUGAAAAAGGGAAAAGAUCAACCGAAGGAUACACAAUGGAAUAUGGGUAGGGGUGAGCAUCGGUCGGUUUUCGACUAAUAACCGAAAUUCCAACCGAACCUUCAUAACCGACCGAAAAUCGACCGAACAACCUUUAUAACUGAUAUAACCGAAACUGACAAUUUUUGGUCAGUUAAAUAUAACUGUUUUUUUUUUUUUUUUUUUUUUAGUAAAAUAGCUUUGAUUUAUAGAAAGUUUUGCAGUUCUUGGCCUGGCAUCAUUGAUCCAAUAGUCUGGUUUCCAGGAUUAUCCGAAAUACUGAUUUUGAUUAAAGAAUUUCGGUUUGUCUUUGUCAUGGGAAGAGUAUGAGAGAGCCCAUAUGUCUCUAGUUAUGAAAAUCUAACAACAGAACAUUACAGGGAAAUGAGGGAAUGAAGGUGUGGAGAUUCUGGAGAACAAAACCUUUGAUGAUGAUGGUUCUGUCUAAUCUACAAAUUUUAAAUUUCAGUAAACAGUUUCAUGCAAUUCUUUUCAUUGUGUCAUAUACAUGGUAGGGGUAGAUGUUAUUUAUGUGCUUAUGCUGAUGUUUUUUAUUUUUAUUUUUUUUAUUUUCUUAUUUACUCUAUA